CUCUCCGGCUUCCCAGUACCGCCUCUGGGCGGCCGCAGCAGAGGCACCAUGGCCGACGGCGGCGGCGGCGGUCCCGCCGAGGUGUCGGGUCCCGGGGACUCCCCGGGCCGGACGCCAGCCCCACGCGCGGCCGAGCCGGGUGGUGGUGGUGGCGGCGGCGGCGGCAGCGGCAGCGCCGGCGAAACCCCGCGGACGGCGGUGCUGGCGCUCCGCUUCGACAAGCCCAUCAAGCAGGCCUUCUACAACACCGGGGCCGUGCUGUUCGUGUGCCUGUGCUGCGCCGCCGCCGUGCUCGUCUACUUCAUCCUGGAGGCCUUCCUGCGGCCGCUGCUGUGGGCCGUGCUGUGCGGCACCUUCCUUCACCCCUUCAAGAACUCGCUGACGCGCCGGGGCCGCCGCUGGCUGCUGCGCCUGCACCGCGCGCGCACGCCCAUCCUGCUGGCCGCGCUGCUGCUGCCGCUCUGCUUCGCCGACUACGGCGUCGAGGCGCUGGGCGAGCAGGCGCUGCGCCGCCGCCGCCUGCUGCUGCUGCUGGGCGCGGGCGGCCCGCUCCUCUACGGCCUCUACAGCCUGGGCAGCUACCUGGGCGUGCAGGUGCUGCUGGCGCACGCCGGCCUGCUCAUCUGCCGCGGGCUGGACUACUUCAGCAGCCUGUGGAUCUGGACGUUGGUAGUUGGCUAUCUGUUGACUGUUUCAUUCAAGUGGAAUGCAAGCACUGAGCGCUACUUGAGAGCAAUUUCAAUUCCUGUCUGGAUUAUAUUGCUUUUUCAUUUAGCAUCUCUGGCUGGCUCAUGGAGAAUUCCAGUAUUCCUGGUUAUUGUUUUCCUGAUGUCAGUGGGCACCCUCUAUGAAAAACAGAAUGGAAAAGAAUCUUCUGGGGCAGAGUUACCAGGACAAGUUAUCUCCAUGGCUGCUUCCACUCUGGCCACCUUGGCCAUCUCUAUCACAGGGUAUGAAUCGAGCACUGAAGACCAACCCUCCACUCAGCCUGCAGAAACUGUGGACAGAGGCGAACCCCCUCCAACACUGUCCUCACCGUCGCCUUCCUCCCCUUCGCCCACGCUGCGCCCGCAGAGGCCGGAGAUCGGAGCGUUCCCCAGAGAGAAGAAAACCAGCGACAUCUACUUCGUGGUCCUCGUCUGGGCCAUCAUCGCCGUCCAGCUCUGGAUGAACCUGUGGAUCGUGCAGCUGCUGCCAGUGCCGAUUGCAGUCUGGAUCCUCAAAAAGCUGGUCAUUCACUUUGGCGUCGUGGACUUCCUGGGGAAGCGCUGCUCCGUGUGGUGGCGGGUCGUGGAGCGCUUCCUGAAGGACCGGCAGGAGGCGCUGGCGCCCUGGCCCAUUGUCGGACUCGGGAAAUUCUUGUUAAAAGUUGAUAGCAAGAUAAUCAUCUGGCUGGAGAAGAUGUUAGACAAAAUAAUUAGCAUUUUCAUCAUAUUUUUGUUAGUAAUAGGAACCCUUCUUUUAGCCCUACUCCUGACUGCAAAGGUACAUCAGGAGAGUGUGCACAUGAUUGAAGUCACAAGCAGUUUGAUUAAUGAAACACUAGCAAAUCACCCUGAGUGGGCAAACUGGCUUCCUGAGGCUCAGGUAGUCCAAAGAGCCCUCAAUUCUGCAGCUAACAAUGUGUAUCAGUAUGGACGAGAAUGGAUAACCCACAAGCUUCAUAAAAUUCUCGGAGAUAAGGUGAACAAUACUGCUGUGAUUGAAAAGCAGGUACUAGAACUUUGGGACAGAUUGUAUCAUUCUUGGUUUGUAAAGAACGUAACACACUCUGGAAGGCACAAAGGACACAAGAUGCAGAUAAGCCGUCAGAACAGCUGGCUGGGAGAUAUUCUGGACUGGCAGGAUAUCGCGUCCUUCGUCCACGAGAACAUCGAGACGUUUCUUUCUAUACUAUCUUUUGACUUUCCAAUAUGGAAGAUGCAGAUCUUGGAGUCUCUGUGGAUUGUUAUGAGCCGAAACGUGAGCCUGCUUUUCACCACUGUCACCACGCUCCUGACCAUCCUCUUCUACAGCGGGACGGCCCUUCUCAACUUCGUGCUCUCUCUGAUCAUUUUCCUGACCACACUGUUUUAUCUGUUAAGUUCCAGUGAUGAGUACUACAAGCCCGUGAAGUGGGUGAUAUGCCUGACACCACUGUCUCAGCCAGGCCCUUCUUCUAAUAUUAUUGGCCAGUCUGUGGAAGAAGCCAUCAGAGGGGUGUUUGAUGCUUCCCUCAAAAUGGCUGGCUUCUAUGGAUUGUAUACCUGGCUGACUCACACUAUAUUUGGCAUCAAUAUUGUCUUCAUACCAUCAGCUUUAGCAGCCAUCCUUGGAGCAGUACCAUUUCUGGGGACAUACUGGGCAGCAAUCCCUGCAGUUCUAGACCUGUGGCUUACACAAGGCCUAGGAUGCAAAGCCGUCUUACUGCUGGUUUUUCAUCUCUUGCCAACAUACUUUGUAGAUACUGCCAUCUAUUCUGAUAUUUCGGGAGGCGGCCAUCCUUACCUGACAGGCCUGGCCGUGGCUGGCGGAGCAUACUACCUGGGCCUGGAAGGAGCAAUCAUCGGGCCCAUACUUCUCUGCAUCCUUGUGGUCGCUUCCAACAUCUACAGUGCCAUGCUAGUGAGUCCCACAAACUCCGUGCCCAUGGCAAACCAGACUCCGUGGCCUGCUCAGAGUCAGCGGACUUUCCGUGACAUUUCUGAAGAUCUGAAAUCUUCAGUGGACUGACACAGCUUCCACUUCAGAGAUUUCUCUAGGAAGUUCCACCUUGACUGUGAGUUCAGUUCAGCUGUGUCUCCUGUCCUUUCGGCUAUGCCUGGCACCCAGAGCCAGGGAAAGAAGCGGAGUCCCUGGCCUUCCUGCAGAACGCGUGGGCAAGAGCGAACUUGCUGUGAGCUGCUUUGCAUUUUAAAGCACAGCUUUAGAGCUCCCAGAUGUGGUUUGCUCACCUAACUGUUGCUUAUUUAAGAGUUUCAGUGUAUACACUGGCACUAUGGCUUGAAAUUUACCCCCUUUGCUUAUCUGUAAUAUUAUAAUAUGUAUUUAUAAAGUUAUUUUCUAAGAGCCCUAAACUGCCUACUCUUAAAAAGGACAUACAUGUAAUUUUUCUCCUGUUUUAAGAAAUCUGUUUAUAAACUUUUCUACGACGGUCACUUUUCAGUGAAAAGGGCUUUUACUUUUGAGUACGUAGUUGCUUGAGCAGGAAAAAUGUGUCUGCUACCCUUUUCCCACAAGGUAUGGUCCUCUCUAAGGAAGAACCAGCCUCCCGUGGAAGAGCAGGUGGCUCACUUCAAGUUCAGUUAGUUGUGUGUUGCAACCCAAGGAGAGACAGACUGAUUGAAGCUCUCUCUCCCCUUUCUUCUGCCUCCAUCCCCACAUUGCACUGUUGCCAAAUUUCUAAAACUUGGCAGACCAAUGGCACUGAAAUGUCCGCUGCUAUUAAUGGUAACAAGGUGAUAGAAUUCGUGUGUGAUUUUUCUUUUUUCUUUCCAAAUGUUUCAAGUGAAAAGAUCUCAGGUGCAUCAGUACUCUGAUUUGUUAAAUGUAUCCCUGUUUCUCCAUUUGGAAUUCUGCCACUUGGUUACUUACAGACCAGAAGUUUAUAUUUAUGCAGUAUUUUCCCAUCACUUAGCACAGUGCCUUGCACAUGAGACUAGAUAAAUGCCUGUUGGAAAAACAUUGUAACUUCUUGAAUUUAUCAGAUAUCACAAUAACCAGGAUAGUGCUUUUACAUUUUACAAAGUCUCUUUGCCUGUAAUUAUUUCACAAUUUCACAUAACUUUUCAUACAGCAUUAUGUUGUUUUAUAACGGUUUCACGCAGAUGAUGAAGCUAGGGUUCAGAAAACUGACAAACUGAAAGUCAUAAAGUUCAGUAAGAUUUGACCUCCUACCUUCUGACUCCGUAAGUCUGCAAACUCUGCGUAUGCGGUAGUGUUGCUUGUACUUCCUUCCAGUUUUCCGUGUUGUGAGAUGCUAGUAGAAUAGUUGUCCUUGGAUUUGUCCUCCUGUUACUGAGGGCUGGGAGUAGAACCCAGCUCUUGGCUCUGUGCCCUUGCCAUCAUAUAAGACAGUCCUCAGGCUCUCUCUCUCUGCCCCCAGGGGAAUGUGGGAGAGAAAGGUUUCUUAAGAAUCAGAGAUCACCGGUUUGGAAAACACUUAAAAGUAUAAAUUAUUUUAUCUCAAACACUUGUUCACUAAAAAGCACAGUUAGUAUAACUAGUUAAAUUUAUUCUGAUAUUAAGAAAAACUCCAUUUAGAAGAGAAGCUACCAUGAAGUCUUUGUUUUAUAUAGUAGACUAUGUACACAUCUCUAAUUUUUCCUAGGAACCCUUUAACAAUUACAAUUUGAUAUAACACCAAUGGUACGUUUGGCCACUAAUUAAUUAUUUUCCUUAGUUUGUUGUUUAGUCAUUUAUUCAGUAAAACAUUUGCUACUUGUUUGCCAAACUCUAGGCCCAAGCCAGGCACUGACAGGGUGCUGUAGGGGAUAACUCCUAAGCAGGCCUUCUCUUUCGUAAAUCUUAGCUAGAUCAUGUGUAUUGCCAAAAUAAAACAUUUGCAUUAAAGGGGUUAAAAAAUAAAUAGGGCUUGUAUCUGUUAAUUGUGUACUGGUAAGUUUAUAACUGUAAUUUGCACGCAUUCACAAGAGGUAAUGUUGUACACAAUGAGUUGGGUGCCUGUACAGAUUAUGCUUUUUCCAAGUGCUUUUAGUGGUACAAAGUGAUAUUGCAAAAAAACUAAACUUGAGCUAAUGUGUGGCUAUUGCUGGUCAUAAUUAUUCUUAGGAGUACCAGGUUGUUGGGGUGGGGGGGACCUCUGAGCUCUAAGAGACUAGGUUAGAGCUGCCAAAAUGAGCAGUGAUGCAAUAUCACCCCGGAAUAGCAGAAACAGAGGUGCCCUAGUGCUACCCAGACCUCGGCAGGAAUUGAAGUGGCCCCAGCACUCCAGCAGCUGCGUAAGGACGGGGAGGCAGGCUGGCUAGGAGAGGUCUUCCUGGAACCCUCACAAACAUGCCCCUCAGGAGUAGUGAGGUUGUGCAGAACCUUCACAGAGCAGAGAGAUCAAGUGGUAUGAAAAGGUAGGAGUCGCCAGCUCAAGUUUUAAAGAUUUUCAGCCCUCAGGUUCUCAGUUGAGAUCUGACCCAGAAAGAGGGAGAAAAUGCAUCGAUGAGGUAGAAGUAGCUUCAGUAAAAACUGAGUUCAGAAAUCCCAUCACAAUGUCUUGCAUUUUACAGCUCAAUUAAAGAUUAGUGUUAAGUUCGCAUUCAUUAUUCAGUUAUAAACUAAAGGGAGGAGAUAAAAACUCUCUACACAACCCUGCUCCUCUUUUUCUUGGAGAACAGGCAUGUGGAAUUCAGCAUAAACUCCAUAUAUAAGUCUUCCUUCAGUUCCAAAAUUCUUACCAUACUCUCUGUUCCUGGAAGUGAUCUCUGACAGACUGCUUUAGAUUCCAGUCUUAUUUAUUUCUUUUCCAUUUGCAAGGAAUCCUAACACCCCCUUCCAUUAGAGGGGGUGAGCUGGCAGAGGGCUCCCUUGACCUCUGAGGCUGGUGUAGAGCGACCCUGGGCAUGGGAGGAUACCCGAGAAUUGUUAUGGAGAUGCUAUAUUUAAACAAACUCUGUAGCUCUUGGAAACGGCAGCUGUUUAUUCCAGUUAAAAAGGGCUGCUCCAGGGCUUACAGAUAAAAUCCUCUGGCUGACCUUGGUCUUAGCAGGAACCCUUCAGUGACCCUUUGGGACUUCCUAGUACCACUGGUUCUCACUUUCAUUGUAUUUAGCAUUUCAGGAAGUGUCCCUGCUGGGCAAGAAAUACUCAGAAAUUCAGGCCAUGAGAGUUAGAUUAGGGCAAAGUAAUUUUUAGAUGAGCUAUCUAGAGCUUUCCAUCCCAGGUUUAUAGGAAAAAACCCCUUCGGAACUUCCCAGACCGGAGGGUCUCCCAAGACCCUGACAAGAGUUUUACAGUAGGCACUUCACAGUGGAAAUAGCUUCUGACGGUAAACUUCCAAAUACUAGUUCCAGCUAAAAAUAAGUACUUUUGUUUUUAUUAACUUGUUGCCUUUAUAUAGUUUGCAAUCAAACUAUAUCCAUUUUACUAAUUUACUGAGGACCUGCAAAAAAUGUGCAUACACUCUGAAACACUGAGCAGGUAUCUUUUGAUAGACUUGAUUGACAGUUCUUUUAUUUUUAAACUGUCUAUUGGCAUCACUGACCAUUCUGUGCUGGAAUGGGCCUUAUAUUUAUAAUGAGGUGGCUCUGUUAUUUCCUAGAGAAGGGAACAAAUCCCAAGGUCCAGGCGGCUUUUCUAACACAGUGAGUAACAGAAUUCAGAGUAGAGCACAGUUCUCUUUUUCUCCCAGUCCUACUUCCUUUUCGCUUUUCCUCCUAGCCAAAUAGCUCUUGGAAAAACGUCUUUCUUGUAGCAGUUGUUCAAAUGGAUGUUAUUAGAUGGUGUCAGAGAAUACAGUGUGCAUGGGGGAGGGGACGCCAAGGUCAUUUAAAACUGAGACAUGCUGGGUUGGUUUUCUUUCUGUAGGACUUCUCAGAGUUUUUGACUUGCUAGUAUAUAUUGUGAAUUGAUGAGGGGGCAAAGACUGGCUUUACUUAGACUUACUUGACCUUGAACUGCGGCCCCAUGCUUCCUUUUCUCGGAGUAUCUCAAAAGUACUACCUUUUGGGAAACAUAGCUCUGCAGUGAGUUUACAGCUUUUGUGGAAGACAACCUUAGUGGAAUUUCUGAAAGGUAAAUAUGUUACCAUGUUACCCUGUAAUUGUAACAAAUCUCAAAGUUUACCAAGAAUACUAGAAAGAAAACAUAUUUGCCCUUUGGAACUAUAUGUAUAGAAAGUCUUACCACCUGUGGUGCAUAAAAUCAGUAUUUGUGUUUAGUUUUGCAAGUUUUUCAAGGAUCAAUUAAUGUGCAAAUACAGUGGUGAUAUAUUGAUAUUACAUUGUAAUAAUGCUUUUGUAUGGCACUUUAUAGUUUUCAGACUGCUUUCAUAACAACCCUGUGAGGUAGGCAGGUGUUAAGUAUUAUCAGAUGAGGCACUGGAGGCUCAGAAAGGUUUUUGUGAUUUUUUUUUUUCUCCCCCCUGAAGUUUGUAACACAAAGUAAUGGAGCCAGAAUUCAGUUUCAGAAUUUCUGACUCCAAGUCCAGUAUUCGCACCUGGUUUCUUAUUGUUCUUCCAGCUUUAUAUUUUACAAUGAAAGGUGUGAAAGCAAUUCUUAAAAGUAACAUCAUUUUGGCUCAUUAUCAAACACUGUUUCUUCUUUAUUGCAGUGACUCAAAAUUUAACUGCUAUUACAGCUAUCCCAAAGAAAACCCUCCUUUUCUCCCUUGUACUGCCAAUUUGUUUAGGUGACUGGAGUGUGUAACAGGCACCAUUUGACUUUGAAACCAAAAUUGGAUAUAUAAUUGUGAUUGCUUAUGUAAUUUUGGAAAAUGUACCAUCUCUGCAUUCUCAGACAAAGUAGAGAUGAGAUGGUGGGAAAGUAAAAAAAAAGAAUAUUCUAAUACAGUACACCUCUGUUCUCUCACAAAUGGUAUUUCUUAGCUUUAACUUACUUUGACAACCUACUGAUGUAAGUUCUUUGUAAAUGUAAAAUAUUUAUAUUUUGAAAUAAAAUAACUGGUGUUGAAUGAA